AUGCUUCGAGCAAUAUCGUCUCAACUUUUACGAGCCGUUAUCCAAACAGCAGCCUACUACAGGAGGUUGUUCACCCAGUGGGAUCCUAUUACAUUAUGCUCAAGGCGGAUGGUGCCAUUGAUAUCCAUUAUCAAGUAUACGUCAAUACAAGCGAUCUUUGCAAUGCAUAGUAUGAGCGGCAACUCUAUGGCUGCUUCAGGCACAGUAUGGGAGGUAUGGAUGGAUGCCGUCAAGGUGAAUGCUACGGUGCUUACUUCUCAUGUCGUCAGCAGGAAUGCGGCCGAGGGUUAUAUACAGCGUCUCAUUUACUUGGCCAAAGGAUUUUACAAUAUGGAUCAUGCAUGCUCGAGUUGA